CAUCUUACUUGGGAGGCUGAUUCCAUUGCCUUUCUCUCCUCUUGCGGAUUGGGGAUAAACUGCAUGCAGGAGGGGCUGUGAGCAGCAACAGUAACACCCGGCUACCGGAUCUCAGUAGCAUGGCAUCAAGGAGAAUGGAGACCAAGCCAGUUAUAACGUGUCUGAAAACCCUCCUGAUUAUCUACUCUUUCGUCUUUUGGAUUACUGGAGUUAUUCUUCUAGCUGUUGGAGUGUGGGGAAAGCUCACAUUAGGGACAUAUAUCUCUCUCAUUGCUGAGAACUCCACCAAUGCUCCCUAUGUACUCAUCGGAACUGGCACUACAAUCAUUGUCUUCGGACUUUUUGGAUGUUUUGCCACUUGUCGUGGUAGCCCAUGGAUGCUGAAACUGUAUGCAAUGUUUCUAUCCCUGGUGUUCCUGGCUGAACUGAUUGCUGGAAUCUCAGGCUUUGUUUUCCGGCAUGAGAUCAAGGAUACGUUCCUUAGGACAUACACUGAAGCUAUCCAGAACUACGACGGCAAUGAUGAAAGAAGUCGUGCAGUUGAUGAUGUUCAGAAAAGUUUGAAUUGUUGUGGUGUUCAGAGUUAUACCAACUGGACCAGCAGCAUUUAUUUUCCUGAACAUGGAAUCCCGCCCAGUUGCUGCUCCAACAUGAGUGAUUGCAAUCCAUCAGAUAUGCGCAACAUGACUAUUGCUCCACAUAAGGUCUAUCAAAGGGGCUGCUAUGAACUCGUCACCAACUUCAUGGAAACUAACAUGGGAAUCAUUGCUGGGGUGGCUUUUGGAGUUGCAUUCUCACAGCUGAUUGGAAUGUUGCUGGCGUGCUGUCUUUCCCGGUUCAUCACUGCAAAUCAGUACGAGAUGGUGUAACAUGGGGCCAGCAGUUUCUACAUCAGGAGCUGAUGGAAAUGUGAAGAAUUUUACAGAAUGUUAGAGCACACAACACAUCCACCAACCACUCUGUGUUCCCAUUUUGUAGUGUAACCAUCUGUUUCAGUACAGCUGUGCCAUGAAGAGUAGCCUCUGUAGUGUCUAACUGCACACUUCCUCCUGGGGAAGGCUUUUCGUAUGAUGGCACGCUAUUAUGUGUGUUCUUUAGUCAUACUGUAGUUGUAAAGUUCCUAUGAUAAUCCAUUAACUGCCUCGACCUGGCUGUGCAUGCAGUGGCUGAUACAAACAAAGGGACAACAAAGUCCUUACCAAUGGUUUAUUAAAUGUUCCACGCAUUUAUAUAAAUCAGUACAUGGAAAUCAAAUAUAGCGUAUCUAAUCUUUUAUAUAUAUAUAUUUAUUUACAAGGCAUACUUAUUUUUUUUAUUUUGCCGUAUAACACAUACCGAUAAAACAAUAAAGAAGAAUAAAUCUGUGAUAUGACAAUACUUGAAGAGUAAUGUUGAAAUAUGUCGUGCUUUGAAUAGGAUUCAAGGGGGCCCCACGAGGCAGCAAUCUGGAUCCUAACUCUGUGCUGUAUGCCUAAUGCUUAUGAUCUUUGUCUAGUGAAUUUUUUUGCUUCGGAUUCCAAGAACAUGUGUUUCACUGUUACUAAGCUGUUGUUGCUUACUGUGAAGGCAGUAUAAUGAUGCUUUUUAAAAUUAUCUUUAGUGUUCAACUAAACCUAAUCGUGCUGUCAUGCCUAUCUUUCCUCUCCUCCUUGCUAAUGUUACCUCCUUUCUUUUCUCCCUCAUGACACUUUGGAAGUGCACCAACCAAAUGUUAUAUUCAGAACAGGAUUGAAGAUUAGGAAAGAACAGAAAUGGGAAAAUGUUCAAACAUUUUUAAACAGAAAUAAAUGAAAACUGAUUUUUUUAUAAUGUCUCCAUCUAGCAUGCUGAGAAUAAAAUGCUUUGAUAUUGUGAGCAUUUGUGAUAUACAUAUUAAUAAACUGAACUACGACAGA